AUGAAACAUAAAUCCUUAGGUGCCAAAUCAGGACUAUCGCGUACUGCAUCAAAUAAGCUGUGGCCCACUGUGCAUUUCAUUGUGCAGCUUAUAGCUGCACUUUUAUGGUCAUGCCACAACCGCAACAACAACUACAUGCAUACGUGCAUACAAGUAUGCGCUUUCGUUAUUCAACCCCUGCUGCUAAUUUUUAUGAUCGCACUGCGCCAGUGGCAAGGAGUUGCCACCACACAAUUCAGCUUUAGUGGCCGCGACAGUAGCAGCGAGCCUAGUUCAGCCUUCAAUGUGCCAUGUAUAACAGGAUAUUUUCGCUGCAACGAUGGUAAAUGCAUACCCUCGCUGGGCGUGUGCAACUAUCAGAAGGAUUGCGAAGGCGGCGAAGAUGAACAACAAUCGUGUCCGCCACCUGAAUGCGAAGCGGGACAAAUCAGCUGCGGCCAAUAUGUCUUUAAUAAGACCUACUGCAUACCGCCGCAUUUUCGUUGUGAUAUGACGGAGGAUUGUGAGGACAAAUCGGACGAAGCGCAGUGCACUUACAGAAAAUGUCAAUCGAGCGAUGUGUUCUGCAAUGCACCCGGCGGUUUGGCUCCAUCCGACGGUAGUCGCUUGUCCGGUCCCUGUGUGCCGAAGGAGAAACGUUGUGACGGUUAUCUGGACUGUCGCAAUGGACGCGAUGAGGAGGGUUGCACAGGCAUCUCGUGUCGUUUGGAUCAGUUUCGUUGUGCCAAUGGGCAGAAGUGUAUUGACGCUUCGCUCAAGUGUAAUCACAAAGACGAUUGCGGUGACAAAUCUGAUGAGCAGGGCUGCAACUUUCCCCCCUGCCAUCAUGGCCAAUUCCGUUGCACGAAUGCCUUAUGCAUCCCAUCCAACUUCUAUUGUGAUGGAUAUCACGAUUGUGCCGACGAAAGUGAUGAGGCCAAUUGCACAGCAAUCGCAUGUCCUGAUAACAAGUUCCUUUGUCCGCGCGGAGGCCCAAAUGGCACACCCAAGUGUAUACUAAAAUCUCAACUGUGCGAUGGCAAGCGCGAUUGUGAGGAUGGCAGCGACGAGGAGACCGCCUGCUCUACCGGUUCUUGCCCUGCACUCAGUUGUGAAUAUCGUUGCGGUCCCUCACUGACAGGUGGCGUCUGCUAUUGCCCGACUGGUCAGGCGAUUUCUGCCGACAACCGCACUUGCAUGGAUCUGGAUGAGUGUGCCGAAUGGGGUCACUGCGAUCAAUUAUGUACGAAUACCGAUGGUUCAUUUACCUGCCAGUGCGCGCAGGGCUACAGCCUUUUCAAUAACUCGAAAUGUAUUGCGCCUGAUGCCAAUUAUCUGCAGCUGAUAUUUGCGCAUGAUCGUGCCGUUGUACGCAUGUCCGCACAUGGCGGUGAUCCACGUGUGCUGGCCAAUGCCACUGCCGCGUCGGGUGUGGCCUACCACUACCAGCGCAAUACGCUUUAUUGGUCCGAUAUUAAGACGCGUAAGGUGCAGUCCAUACCACUGGAUGUCUUCAACGGUGCUAUAUCCCCCUUGGAUCUUACCCUGCCCGGUACUUGGGCACCCGUCGCGCUGGCCGUGGAUUGGGUGGGCGACAAGAUCUAUGUGGCCGACUUGAUUGGACAGAAAAUAGAUGUUUUUGAAUUGGGCGGUCAUUGGCAUGCGGUCGUAUUGGGUUCAAAUCUUACCAGCCCUGCAGAUUUGGCGCUCGAUCCAACAUCAGGUCUUAUGUUCGUAGCUGACGGUGGUCAGGUGCUGCGCGCGCACAUGGAUGGCACGCAUGCGCGUUCGAUCGUUUCCGAAGCAGCGUAUAAAGCAUCUGGCGUGACUGUGGAUAUCAUUGCGAAACGCGUUUACUGGUGUGACUCCCUACUGGACUAUAUUGAGACCGUCAACUAUGAGGGUAAUCAACGCAUAAUGGUUUUGCGUGGACAGCAAGUGCCAAGUCCAUCACGGCUGGCACUCUUCGAAAAUCGCAUCUACUGGACGGACGCCACAAAACAAGGCAUCAUGUCCGUGGAUAAGUACACCGGCCCCACUUCCAUACAAGUCACCUACAAAGCGAAGGACAUACGCGAACCGAAGGGCAUUGUCGCUGUACAUGCGCUUAGUCAACCGCGCGUAUCUAAUCCAUGCGGCAACAACAAUGGGGGCUGCAACCACAUGUGCAUCGUGACGGCAGUUAAGGGUGCACCCACUGGUCUGGGUUAUCGUUGCGCUUGCCACACAAAUUAUCAACUUCAAACUGACCUAAAGAAUUGUAAACUUGUGCGCGAAUUUCUCAUGUACUCCCAACAGCGCUUCAUCAAAGGUAAGGUGCUCGAGCCAGUUAUUGAGGGCUUUAGCGACGCUAUACUACCAGUGGUAUCGAGACGUGCACGCUUUGUGGGUUUGGAUUUCGAUUCACGCGAUGAGUUCAUCUACUAUUCGGAUGUGCUGCAAGAUGUGAUCUAUCGCGUACAUCGCAAUGGCACUGGACGCGAAAUUGUGCUUGCCUCACAGAACGAAGGUGUCGAAGGUCUGGCCGUGGAUUGGGCAUCAAAGAAUCUGUACUACAUUGAUUCACGCAAAGGUACGCUAAAUGUGCUCUCUACACGUAACGUAACCUAUCGACGCACGCUAUUGAAGGAACUCAAACGCCCGCGCGCCAUUGUUGUGCAUCCAAAUCGAGGUUACAUCUUCUUCUCAGAAUGGGACCGACCUGCGAAUAUUACGCGCGCAAACACAGAUGGCACCAAUUUGCUUGUUUUCAAGAACGUCACGCUCGGCUGGCCUAAUGGUCUCUCGAUCGAUUUCAAAGAGGAUCGCGUUUAUUGGUGUGAUGCACUGCUGGAUCAUGUGCAGCACUCUAAUCUCGAUGGUACUGACAUCAAGACAGUCAAUUCGCGCUUGGUGCGUCAUCCCUUCUCCAUUGUGAUACACAACGAAUGGAUGUAUAUCACGGACUGGCGGCUGGAUGCCAUUAUACGUCUGCACAAACUCACUGGCGAACAGGAGGAAAUGAUGGUACGCGAACCGCAAACGAACCGCCUCUAUGGCGUGAAGGUAUACAGUCAUGAGGUUCAAACUAUCGCCGACAUACACCCUUGCCAUGUAAACAAUGGCGGUUGUGAGAAAAUUUGCUUUGCUAUACCGAGAAAUGAUUCCAUGCAACCGACAUUGCAGACGCGUUGCUCUUGUCCGUAUGGAGAGCGGCUGGCAGAGGAUCAGCGUUCAUGCGCGGCGGAUCCCAAUGCCGAACCACCAGUGCAGCCCUGUCCCAACUCGUGGGACUUCACCUGCAACAACCAGCGCUGUAUACCCAAAUCGUGGGUGUGCGAUGGAGAUGACGAUUGUUUGGACAACAGCGAUGAAGAGCAGAAUUGCACAAAACCAACAUGCGGCUCCAAUGAGUUCCAAUGCAAGUCCGGUCGUUGUAUACCACUCAACUUCCGUUGCGAUCAGGAGAAUGACUGCGGCGACAACUCUGACGAAUUCGAAUGCGGUAAUGUCACUUGCGGCACCGCACAGUUCGCCUGCGACAAUGGCCGUUGCAUACCGAAUAUGUGGAAGUGUGAUAGCGAAAACGAUUGCGGUGAUGGCUCUGAUGAGGGUGAUUUUUGUGCGGAGAAAACCUGCGCCUACUUCCAGUUUACCUGCCCGCGCACCGGUCACUGCAUACCUCAGAGUUGGGUUUGCGAUGGCGAUGAUGAUUGCUUCGACAAACAGGAUGAAAAGGACUGCCCGCCGAUCACGUGCUUAGCGAACCAGUUUAAGUGUGCCGAUCUACGACAGUGCGUCGAGGAAUCUUACAAAUGUGAUGGCAUACCAGAUUGUAAUGAUGGCAGCGAUGAGCUGGACUGUCCGUCUAUGGGUCCGAAUCAAUGCAAUUUAGAAAAACACUUCCGUUGUAAGUCUUCUGGUUUCUGCAUACCCAUUGCUUGGCAUUGUGAUGGCUCCAACGAUUGUUCCGAUCAGUCCGAUGAGGAGGAUUGCGGUCAGAUCACUUGCGCACAAAACUUCUUCAAAUGUAAUAAUUCAAACUGCGUUUUUAAGGCGUAUAUUUGUGAUGGCAAAGACGAUUGUGGUGAUGGAUCUGAUGAGAGUUCGUUGCAUGCGUGUGUACCACCACCCUUCAAGUGUCCGUACGGUCAAUGGAAAUGUCCGGGAGUUAGCGAACGUUGCGUUAACAUGACUUCAGUAUGCGAUGGCACUGCUGAUUGUCCGAAUGGCGCGGAUGAAGGCGAAGGUUGCGAUCUGGCAGAGUGUACACAUCAAGGUGGUCUCUGUUCGAACGGCUGUCAAAAGACACCUUUGGGCGCCACCUGUGUUUGCCCACCUGGCUCAGAGAUUGGCGAAGAUGGAUACACUUGCGUCGAUAUGAACGAGUGCGAUCCACCAGGCCUCUGCUCGCAACAGUGUACCAAUACGAAGGGCUCCUAUUUCUGCUCAUGUACAGAUGGUUACCUAUUAGAGCCGAACAAACACUUCUGCAAAGCGGUUAAUCACUCUGCUGCUUUCCUAAUCAUAUCUAAUCGUCAUUCCAUACUUGUUGCGGAUUUGAAAGAGCAGGGCUUGGAGCGCGUGCCAAUAAUUGUGGAAAACGUCGUUGCAACAGCUUCAAAUAUGCAUACAGGCACGAUUUUCUGGAGCGAUAUGAAACUAAAGAAAAUCUCACGCUUGGAUCGUGGUCAGGAACCGCAGGAAAUAAUCAACACCGGCUUGGACUUGGUUGAAGGUUUAGCCUACGAUUGGGUUGCACGAAAUCUCUACUGGCUGGACAGUAAAUUGAACACGAUCGAGGUUUCUGCUGAGAAUGGUUCGAACCGGUUGGUUUUGGUGCGCGAGAACAUCACGCAACCACGUGGUAUGUGCCUCGACCCUAGCCCCGAUGCACGUUUCAUCUUCUGGACCGAUUGGGGUGAAAAUCCGCGCAUCGAACGCAUUGGCAUGGACGGCACAAUGCGUGAAACAAUCAUUAACACGAAAAUUUACUGGCCGAAUGGUCUAACAUUGGACAUUGCCACAAAACGAGUAUACUUCGCUGAUUCUAAACUGGAUUUCAUUGACUUCUGCUAUUACAAUGGCACAGGUCGGCAACAAGUUUUGGCAAGCAGUCACUACUUGCUGCAUCCGCAUUCGCUCUCACUCUUCGAGGAUACACUUUACUGGACAGAUCGCCAACUAAAUCGUGUGCUAUCUGCUAACAAAUUUCGCGGUAAGAAUCAGACAGUGGUUUCUCACCUAAUCAGUCAACCACUCUCCAUACACGUGCACCAUCCCUCACUCCAACCACUGUACUCAAAUCCAUGUGAAAAGUCGAUCUGCCAGCAUCUUUGCUUGCUGAGUCCAAGCGCUAAAGAAGGCUAUUCGUGCAAGUGUCGGCCGGGCUAUCGUCUAAUGAGCGAGGGACGUUGCCUGGAAGAAGAGAACCCAUUCUUAGUUGUUGUAAAGGGCACGCAGAUUGUCGAUAUACCGUUGAAUGGUGGUGAUGCGCGCGCUGGUUCACUCGCGCCUGUUAUCGGCAUUGAGAGCAGCACUGGCUUAGACUUCGAUCGUAAAGGUGAAACACUUUAUUGGAUACAAGGGCGGGAGGAUGAUGAUGAAAACUGCACUAUAUUCUCCACACCUUACGGCGGCGGUAACAAAACGCAAUUCCUCGGCACUGACACCGGCAUUGUUGGCUCGCCUUACACCAUUGCCUUUGACUGGCUGGGCCGUAAUCUCUAUAUGGGCAAUCGCAUUGCCAGUAAUAUAGAAGCUGUGCGUGUGGAUGGUAAAAUUAAGUAUCGCACUAUCAUUCUUGCCAACGAUGGUAAUCAAACAUCAGUUUCAAAACCGAAACAAAUAGUGCUGGACCCCAACGAUGGCAAACUGUUUUGGAUCGAUGAGGGUGGUUUUGGUGUACCAGUGAAGAUUGGGCGCGUGAAUAUGAAUGGCAACAAUCCGAUGAUGCUGAAAUCCGAAAUCGAUCACCCAGAGAGUAUUGCUUUGGACAUCGAAAAGAAACUGGUGUAUUAUAGCACGCAAUAUCCGGCAUCUAUCUGUGUCAUGGACUACCAUGGCGAAGACCAUCGUGUGUUGCUUUCAGAAGAGAAUGCCAUUUCGCGUCCGAGAAGUUUGGGCAUUUUAGACUCCCGCCUAUACUAUCUCGAUCCUGUAUACGAGAAAAUUGUGCGUGUUGAUUUACCACGCGGCGAUAAUCCCAAGGUUAUAGUCGACAACGAACCCGAUCUCAAGAGCAUGAUUAUCUUCAAAAAACGCCCUAUGAUGCAGCAUCCCUGUCAAAUGAACAACGGCGGUUGCGAGCAUCUCUGCAUUCCCGAUGAUGUUUCGUCACGCACCUGUGCCUGUGGUGUUGGCUACCGCAAAGAAAACGAUAUUAAUUGUGUGGCUUACAAGACUUUCGCUGUUGUUUCACAGUUGGAUGUGACGCGCGGCUACAGCUUAACCGAUAGUUCUGAGGCGAUGGUGCCAAUCAGCGGACCCGCCCAUCACAUUCUGCACGUGGAUGUACUCUUCCGCGAACAAUGGAUCUACUGGGCUGAAUACAAUCGUGGCACAUGGAAUGGCAUCUUCAGGCGGCGCCCGAAUGGCACAGAGCUACAACAUAUCGUUAAGGAUGGUAUUGGCAGCAAUGGCAUUCGUGGCCUGACCAUCGAUUGGGUCGCUGGCAAUAUGUACUUCACAAAUAUAUACCCACAUGAAAACUAUGUGGAAGUCUGUUGGUUAGACGGCAGCAACCGCAAAGUGCUCGUAAAGACCACAACCGAUGCACCACGCGAACUAGCUGUUAAUCCAAUAAAACGUCUGCUGUACUGGAUCGAUUAUGGACAGCACCCGCGUAUUGGCAAAGCAUACUUGGAUGGGUCAAACUGGACACCAAUGGUAACAUCCGGCAUAUCUAAUCCACGUGACUUAACAGUGGAUAUGAUCACACACGAUGUGUACUGGGUUGACUCAAAGUUGGAUACAAUACAAAAGAUUUCGUACUCAGGCGGCAACCGUAAGAUCAUUCGUCGUAAUUUACCCAACCCAAUGGGUAUUGCCAUUUAUCUUAGCGAUGUUUACUGGGUAGAUCGAAAUCUGAUGACCGUUUUCAAGGCCUCUAAACUAUCGGGUAACGAAUCGACACCCGUACGUGUGCGCACAAAUCUCCAGAAACUGCGCGAUAUUGCCAUCUAUAAUAUAAAUAAUCAACCACAGGAUGACGGUAAUCCUUGUGCACGCCUCGGCAAUGGUGGCUGUGAUCAGCUCUGUUUCAGCUUCCCGCCUGAACAAACGAACCCCCCGCGUCUAAAUUACCGCUGUGAUUGUUCCACUGGAAAGUUGGCCGCGGAUGAGCGCAAGUGUGAGGUGGUCAAUGAGUAUCUCGUAUUCGCUACUCGCACUGAAAUACGUGCGGUCAACUUGGACCCACAUUCCACACAAGUGCCAUUCACACCGAUGAGCAAUCUAACAAAUGUUGUCGGCCUUGAUUUUGACUUUGCAGAAAAUCACAUGUUUUUCACACAAAUCCGUCCAUGGGCCAAGAUUGCCUAUACGAAGGCUUAUAACCCGAAUAGUAAUGAUGUCAAUGUGGUGCUGAGUAGAGGCAUUAAUCCUGAAGGUAUCGCCUAUGAUUGGACACAGAAAAAGAUUUACUGGACGGACAGCUCGAAUAAUUCUAUUUAUGCUAUGAACUUAGAUAGCACUGAUCUGGUAAUGAUUGCGCGUGUGGAACGUCCGCGUGCAAUUGUGCUGGAUCCUUGCAACGGCACGCUUUAUUUCACCGAUUGGGGUCGUUUUGGAACAUCGGGCAAGAUCUUCCGCACUACCAUGGCUGGAUCGUUGAAACGCGCCAUUGUUGAUAAAGAACUCUCCCAACCCAGUGGUCUGGCGAUCGACUAUGAUGAACGCAAACUUUAUUGGACUGACGCUGUACGUGAGAAAAUAGAACGUUCCGACUUGGAUGGUAGAAACCGUGAACUCCUUGUGGAUGCCACAAUAUACCCGUUCGCUAUAACAGUAUUCCGCAACUACAUUUACUGGACUGAUUUGCAGCUGCGCGGCGUCUAUCGCGCCGAGAAGCAUACAGGUGCCAAUGUCGUGGAGAUGGUGAAGCGAUUGGAAGACUCACCACGUGACAUACGAGUCUAUAGCGCUGACAGACAGAAAUGUUCUACCAACCCUUGUUUAAUAAAGAACGGCGGCUGCGCGCAAAGUUGUCAUCCGGCGCCAAACGGUAAAGCGGAGUGCAAGUGCGACGACGGCUCGAAGGUCGUCAAUGAGGGACGCAUGUGCGCGCCACGCAACAAUACAUGCGAGGCCAGCAAAUUCUAUUGCCAGAACGGCAAAUGUAUCUCGCGUAUGUGGUCAUGCGAUGGCGAUGAUGAUUGCGGCGACAACUCAGACGAAGAAUCAAACUACUGCGCAUACCAUUCAUGCUCGCCUACAGAGUUCCGUUGCAACAAUGGACGAUGCAUAUUCAAGUCCUGGAAAUGUGAUCAUGAGAAUGAUUGCAAAGAUGGCUCUGAUGAGAUCGAUUGCACUUAUCCACCCUGCGUGGAUGGGGAGUUCACAUGCGGCAAUGGACGCUGCAUACCUAUGGCGCAAGUUUGUAAUGGCGUCAAUGAUUGCAAAGACAAUACAACCUCGGAUGAAACGCACGAACGCUGCCCAACAAAUACGACCUGUCCGCCGAACCAUCUCAAAUGCGAGAACACUAACAUCUGCGUCGAACCUUAUUGGUUAUGCGAUGGCGACAACGAUUGCGGCGACAAUUCAGAUGAGGACCCACUACACUGUGGACAACGCACCUGCCCCACUAACAGCUUCCGUUGCCCGAACCAUCGCUGUAUACCAGCAACUUGGUACUGUGAUGGCGAUGACGAUUGUGGCGAUGGCGCUGACGAACCACCAGAGUAUUGCAAGUCGGAGGGACGCACUUGCUUCGGUGAUCUGUUCACAUGCGACAAUGGCAAUUGCAUACCCCGGAUUUACAUAUGCGAUGGCGAUAACGAUUGUCUCGAUAACAGUGAUGAGGACAGCAGACACCAGUGCAACGACCGCAAAUGUGAUGAAGAAACGGAGUUCACCUGCCUCGAAAAUAAGGCCUGGGGACGCGCACAAUGCAUACCCAAGAAAUGGAUAUGUGACGGCGAUCCGGAUUGCGUAGAUGGGGCCGACGAGAACACAACAUUACACAAUUGCGCCACCCAACAGCCUUGUGGCGAGGACAUGUUCACUUGCGACAAUGGCCGAUGCAUUAAUAAGGGCUGGACUUGUGAUCAUGACAACGAUUGUGGUGAUGGCUCUGACGAAGGUAAAUUCUGCAGCUCCAAAUACAAGAGCUGUUCCGAUCAGGAAUUCACCUGCCAGAACUUCAAAUGCAUACGCAAUCAGUAUCGUUGCGAUGGCGAGGACGAUUGUGGCGAUCACUCCGAUGAAGUGGGCUGCAAAAAAGAUAAUACAACAUGUCCCAAUGGCCAAUUUACGUGUACGAAUGGUCAGUGUAUCGAUUAUCAUUUAGUGUGCAAUAAAGUGCCUGAUUGCGCCGACGAAUCAGAUGAACCGGCGCAUUGUAAUGUGGACGAGUGUGCCAAGGUGGAGAUACAUCAGUGCGGACACAAGUGUGUGGAUACGCUAACAGGCUACUAUUGUGACUGUAAUCAAGGCUAUAAACUCAUGCCAGACGGUAAGGCCUGUGCUGAUAUCGACGAAUGUCUUGAACUACCCGGCGCUUGCUCACAGCAUUGUUCCAACACACCUGGCGGCUACUACUGCAAGUGCGACGAACGCUACUAUGAACGUCAGACGGACGAGCAUACCUGCAAGCGUAAGGACAACACCACGCCCUGGCUGGUAUUUACCAACAAAUACUAUGUACGCAACAUGUCGCUGGACGGUGGCCAAUACAAUCUGAUGCACCAGGAUCUAAUGAAUGUAGUCGCGCUGGACUUUGAUAUACAGGAACAGUAUAUGUACUUCUGCGAUGUGACUGCCAAAACCAUCUUCCGCGCCAAAUAUGGCAAUGAUGAUGAGAAGCCCGAGCGUGAAGCAAUCAUACGUCACGAUUCGCAUGGCUUGGAAGGCAUUGCUGUCGAUUGGGUGGGUCGCAAGCUAUAUUGGCUCGAUAGACACUCGAAGAACUUGGAUGUUUCGGAACUGGAUGGCACAAAACGCAAGACGCUCCGCAGUGGCGUUAUCGAUCCGCGUGCAUUAGUUGUGCAUCCGGGCAUUGGCUACUUAUACUUUACGUCGUGGCAUUUGCAAGCCUACAUCGCCAAAAUGGGCAUGGAUGGCACCAACUUCACGCGCAUACUAACCUGGGACGAUGAUAUUGCUUGGCCAAACGCCUUGACCAUUGAUUACUUUACGGACCGCAUUUACUGGGCUGAUGCGCAUCUGGACUAUGUUGCUUAUACCGAUUUGGAAGGUCGCCACCGGCACGUAGUGUUAUCUGGCGCGAAAGUGCCGCAUAUUUUCGCACUCUCACUCUUCGAUGACUAUCUUUACUGGACCGAUUGGAAUUUGAAGGGCAUAAUGCGCGCCAACAAAUUUACUGGCCAGAAUUACACAGUAUUGCGUAACACCACCCACCGUCCAUAUGACAUACAUAUCAACCAUCCACUAAGGCAACUGCCCUACACGAACCCCUGUGGCAAAGACAAUGGCGGCUGCUCACAUUUGUGUCUGAUUGCGCCACCGCCCGAGUCCACUUACUUUAAUAUUGAAGGCUACAUCGAGGAGGGUGCGCCGAGCUAUAAAUGCGCUUGUCCCAACCAAUUCUAUCUGGCACGCAAUAGUAAGACGUGCAUAGCCAACUGCACGGCCGGUCAGCACCGCUGUGGUGGUAACGAUGAGAAAUGUAUACCUUGGUUCUGGCGAUGUGAUGGAGAAAAGGAUUGUAAGGAUGGUUCUGAUGAGCCAGCGACUUGUCCGACACGUCAUUGCCGCGCCGGCACAUUCCAGUGCAAGAAUACGAACUGUACGCCAUCAGCGACCAUUUGUGAUGGCACCGACGAUUGCGGUGAUGGCAGCGACGAACAGAAUUGUGAUCUGCCCUGUCCCGAGUCCGAUUUCAAAUGCAAGUCCAGCGGACGCUGUAUAUUGGAUAGCUGGCGUUGUGAUGGCGAUGCUGAUUGUAAGGAUGGCAGUGACGAGGAUCCGGCUGUAUGUCACAAACGCGCCUGCGACCCAGACACGGAAUUCAGCUGCAAGAAUGGGCGCUGUAUACCCAAACUGUGGAUGUGCGACUUCGACAAUGAUUGCGGUGAUGAUUCCGAUGAGCCGGCCUACAUGUGCCGCCAACGCAACUGCACCACUGGUUGGCAACGCUGUCCCGGACAAUCAAACUACCGCUGCAUACCGAAAUGGCUCUUCUGUGAUGGCAAAGACGAUUGUCGCGACAAUAGCGAUGAAUUGCCCGAGAACUGUCCAAAAUGCUCAACGGAGACGGACUUCAAAUGCGCCAACAAUCGAUGCAUACCAAAGCAAUGGAUGUGCGACUUCUCGGACGACUGCGGAGAUGGCAGUGAUGAGAAUGACGCCAUUUGUAAGGGUAAAUAUCGUGAAUGCUCAGAGUCGGAGUUCCAUUGCGCCAAUGGCAAAUGCAUUUCGUCGCGUUGGCAGUGCGAUCAUGAGGACGAUUGUGGUGACAACUCGGAUGAGAUGAAAUGUGAGGGGUAUCAGUGCAAAAACGGCACCUUCCAGUGCAUGUCUGGUCACUGCAUUGCUUCAUACUUCCGCUGUGAUGGUGAUCGCGAUUGUCGUGAUAUGUCCGAUGAGAUUGACUGUCCCCCACGAUUCCCUGGCGGACGCUACUGCCCUGAGUCACGCUUCCAGUGCAACAAUAAUCUCUGCGUCUCGCCCUCUGACCUCUGUGAUGGCACUGACGACUGUGGUGAUGGCUCAGAUGAGGAUGUUAAGGUGUGUACCGACUUCAAUUGCGACACACUACGCCGCUUCCAAUGCGCCAAUCAUCGUUGUGUGGCGCGCUAUCAGAUUUGCGACGGUGUCGACAAUUGUGGUGAUGGUUCAGAUGAAAAUAAUAUGACGUUGUGCGCUAACAAGCAAAAACCAUGCGAUCUUUACACGCAAUAUCAAUGCGCCAAUAAGAACUGCAUUGAGCGCGCACAGGUCUGUGAUUACUCUGAUGAUUGCGGCGAUGCUUCCGAUGAGUUAGGCUGCCACCACACAAACACCUGUUCGGAAUUGACACGCGGCGGUUGCGAGCACCACUGCCACAAUCUGACCGAUGGCGGCUACAUCUGCGCUUGUUAUCCGGGCUACAUUAUUUCGGCGGAAAAUAAGAAGCGCUGUUUGGAUGUGAAUGAGUGCACGACACGCCAACACACCUGCUCGCAUAUAUGUAACAAUCUCAAUGGCACUUACUCGUGUUCGUGCCGCGAAGGCUUCCGAUUGGCUGACAGUCAAUCCGGCGUAUGCCGAGCUCAGAAAGAAGACAUUGUGUUAGUGUUUGCUAACGGACCAGAAAUACGCGGCUUGGAUGUACAGAAGCGUGAAGAAUUUGAUGUGAUAGCAGCGGAGAAACGCAUUGAAGCUUUGGAUUAUGACGCACAACAACAAAUCGUCUUCUGGGCGGACAGUUAUGAUAAGACAAUCAAACGUUCUUACAUGGUGAAUGCCUUGGAUGGUCAAGCGAAGAUCGGGUUUGCGCAAGAUUUGAAUAUGAAGGGUGGUUCCAAACCGACAGCUGUUGCCAUUGACUGGUUGGCAUCCAAUCUCUACUGGACUGAAGUGGAUCGCACCGGCUCGAAACCACGCGGUCGCGUUAUGGUAGCCAAAACAGAUGGACGCUACCGACGUUCAAUAGUGAAUGCAGGACUCGAAGUACCAACCUCCAUUGUAGUAAAUCCACAAUUGGGACGUACCUACUGGGCUGAUGCAGGUUCUGCGCCAAAGAUUGAAGUAUCUUGGAUGGACGGUUCGAAGCGUCGUCCACUCAUCACUGAGCAAAUUCGUCACCCUACAGGGCUUACCAUUGACUACUCACAAGAGCACAUCAUUUAUUGGGUGGAUACGAAAUUGAACACCAUCGAAUCAAUGCGCACCGAUGGCUCGCGUCGCAAGAUGAUAGUGAAAGGGGAUCAGCUGCGACAUCCCAUCUCUUUGGAUGUCUUCGAAUCGACAAUGUACUGGGUAACACGUGACUCUGGUGAAGUGAUACGUCAAGAUAAAUUCGGACGUGGCGUACAGGUAAUCAUACAUCGUAAUCUUGUCAAUCCGUCCGGCCUUAAGGUCUACCACGAACAACGUUACAAUACAUCGCUGCGAAAUCCUUGCUACGAGUCCAGCUGCUCACAUUUAUGUCUACUUGUGCCUGGCGGGCAUCGCUGCGCUUGUCCGGAUAAUUCUGGUCUGCUACCAUCGCAUCGCAGCACCGCCGAAGUGAUCUGUGAUGCCGCAGCGGAGCGACCACGUCCCGCGCCACGUAUUUGUCCAUGCCAGAAUGGCGGUCUUUGUCGCGAAGAUGAACGUGGCGAUUUGUACUGUGAAUGCCAGCCUGACUUUAAGGGCGAUCACUGCGAUCGCAGUGUGGCAGGCGCAUUCGGACAUGGUGGCACCAAUGUGACGGCAGUUGUAGUACCCAUAAUGGUGAUACUGCUGGUCUUGCUGACGGCGGGUGGCGCGUGGUACGUCAUACGCAAAAAGCCAUUUGGUAAAUUGGCGCGUCUGCCCACAUUAACAUCAUCACAAAGUGUUACCUUCCGCCACGGCACAAAUGUUGAGUUCAACGCUCCAGGUUUCCCUGGUGGCACAACCGCUGGUCCGUCCAACGAUGUAGCUCCUAUUGAGGGUUAUAAUCUACAGACUGUGAAUACGGCUAAAACGCGCGAUUUCUCGAAUCCCAUGUACGAUGCUGUGCAGUCGGGCACCAACACCGAUCCAAGCCUGAGCAAUGGAACAGGCAUUUACGAAGUGCCACAUGAUCCCUCCAAAUCGAAACCGAUUGGUCCAUUCACCGAGCCCGUCUCGGCCAUACUCGCGCCCAGCAGCAUAACACACAAAUCAUCACCGCAAUUGCAAUUGCGUACCAGGGAACUGGAUCCAUCAGCGGAUACCGGCAAGGAUACGCAAUACCUUGUUGAAGAGGACAAGUCUGAAUGCUGAUAUAAAAUUACAUAAAACGAAAUCCAUCAAAAUUACCAACACCACCACCACAAAAGCAGCAACAGCAACAACAACAACAACAAUAACAAAUCAAAUGUAACGAAUACAUAUUCCAACUAUUGCAUUGUAACUAAAACGAAAACAAAAACUAAAAGAAAACAACAAACAGACAGAUUUACUACGCUUUAGAAAAAAAACAAAAACAAAGUAACGAAAACUGCUUGUAAAUUAAAAAUUUAUGUAUGAAAUGAACAACCAAAAGUUGAAACAAAAAAUAAUAAUUAGAAAGUAAUUAGGUAAAAAAUCAACAAAAACAACAACAACAAAAGCAAAACAAUGCAAUUAAAACAUAUUUUUAACCUUAAAAGCAGCAAACUUUUUCUAAAUUUUUGAACACCGACUACAAAAACUGCAACAACAACAACUGAACGGUUUAUUAAACGUUCUGCUUUUACGAAUUUUACAAUGUAAGUGUUUGUGUAAGACGAAUUGCACAGAAGAAGCAAAAAACAAAAUACAAAAACUACAACAAAAACAAAAAUAAGAAACUUGAAAAUCACAACACCGUUAGCUAGACAUAUCCUUUUUGUGCGAAUGCCUACAAUUCAGCUGAUGUAUGUAUGUAUGUAUGUAUUUACAUACUCGUGCAUAUGUAUGUGUGCGCUGCUGGCGAAAACGCGGCUAAUAAAAUGAAAGUGAAAAUGGAAAUGAAAAUGAAGCAAAUGCAAAUGCAAAUGCGAAAAGAGCGAAAACUACUAAUGCAAUUAUUAAAUAUUAAGUUAAAUUAUGUGCAUAUGAAUAUUUUAAUGAGUAAAUAUUAAAAACUUAAACUUUAUUUAGGCCACUUGUUUUACUUUAUUCUGUUCUCUUUUUUUGUUUUUUUUUAACCCACACUUCCACGCUCCCAUGCCACUGUAAUACUAUACAUUCCAAAGCAAGCGUUGUGCUGUAUUUUACAAUCCACAAUCAAUUACCUUUGUGACUAUUUUGAAAAACGAAAAAUAUAACAAAAACAAAAACAACAACACAUCACAUUUUGCUUAGUGUUGAGGAUAUCGUAUACAAAUAUAAACAUAGUUAUACAUAUAUACACGUGCAUAUAUUUUUCUGAUUGCUAAAUGACAAUAUUACCACAAAAACAAUGCGAAAAAAUGCUAAUUUGUAUUUAAAAAAAAAUAUAUAUAUAUAUAGAUAUAUAUAUGAUAAUGGCGAAAAACCAAGCUGAAAGAUAAUAGAGAAAAUGUAACGCAAAAAAUUAAUUAAAAAAUAAUUUUAAUUUAAAAAAGUUGCAUAUACUAAAUGUAUGUAUGUACUAAAGGCGCGUAGAGGUAUACUUAUAUAUAAAUUUGCAAUGAGAGUGUUUAAAGUAUAUUUCCAUAUAUAUUUUUCUAUAUUAGGCAGGCGAAUGAAGUGCGUCAAGCAAAACGAAAACGGAAACGCAAAAAUAGUGAAAAAGUAAACAGAAAAAAAAACAUAAAAACUCAAAAGCAAAAGCAAUCUAUGAAAAGCAAAACAAAAGUAAACAAUUUUUAUAUAUAUAUUUUAAAAUGUUUUAGAUUAGUGCAAAUGAGUAAUUAAAAAGCAAAAAACAAAAAACAAAA